CUGAUGGACACCUCGGGCCCCCAUGAUCCAACAGGGAAGUUGUUUGGCAUCACAGAAUGGUUUGGCAAGUGUGACCAAUGCAUCCAGGAGAUGCGAGGUCAAAGGAUUGACAUAUAGAGCAGCUUCCCAGACAGUCACAAACUGAACUGCCAUGGAUUCAGCGACAUCUGUCAGUCAUAGCAGCAAGAGAUGUCAUUCAAUCCUGUGCCCAAAAUAAGGAUCCAUGAUGCCAUGUGACUGAACAAGAUGUCCGGGAACUCCGACAGAAAAAUAGGCCCACAAAAUUAAAGAUCCAGCAGUAUAAUUAACUGUACUCAUGGGGUACUUUUUAUCCAUGUUCACACAGCUCAGGGCCUCUGCAGAGACACACACAAACACACACCACAGACGUGUCGUCACUGCCACUCCUGGCAGCCAGUGAUAUAACGGAGUGGGAGCGCUAAGGAGAAGAAAGAUAGGUGGAAGUGGCUACCGUUAAGGAGUCAGAGGUCAACGAUCUGAGGAAAAGAGAAGUGAUCCUUGAGAGAGAAGUGAAGAACAAGGCAUUAGCAUGUAAGACUUUGUGCAGUGACAGCGUUCUGACAGGCUAAGGGAGGAUGCAGUCUCCCUCCCGACCUCCUGUAGCUGUCAUGGAAACCACCUGCUCUCAGCGGGAGAGGAGCCUGAGCUUUCACAGCAGGAUCAGAGGCUAAGAUUUCUGUUUGUUACAGAAGAAUGAGCUUCAGGUUGCUUUGUUGGAGAGAAAACGGCUCAAUCGUGAGCUGCUUAGUCACAUCCUGAAGGCUGUACAGUACGAGAAGGUAAAGUCAGACUAUGAUCAGCUCAGAAAGGCUUUUGGGUGUGUGAGUCAAGAGAGAGACUUGGCCAGGCAGGAGAAGGCUCAACUCCAAGACAAACUGGAGAACCUUGAACGGGUCCUGAAGCAUAUGCGAGAGGCUGCGGAUCGGCGGCAGCAACUGGAGGCAGAGCAUGAGCAGGCCCUGGCGUUCCUCAACUCCAGACAGCAGGAGAUCAGCCUUCUCCAGAAGGUUCAAGCUGAAACUGAGAAAGAGCGUGAAGAAGUGGUGCAUCUGCUAGAGGUCAAGGUUCAUGACUUAGAGCAGAAAUGCCGGACACAGAGUGAGCAGUGCAAUAUUUUGUCAAAAAAGCUGGAGAAAUAUCACCUGGGGUCAGACACAGAGGAUACACUCAACACUGACUCACAGGAGAAAAACUUGAGCAACAGUUACAACAGCUUGCAGCACCAGGCAGAAAAAAGUGAUGAGAGAUCUGACGGAGCUCCACUGGUUUCAGAACUGCCCAUAGUACAGCAACACAAGAUUGACAAGCCAGAGCAGCUAUCGGUCAAACUCAACGUCCAAACCCAGAGUCGCUCCAGCAGCCCCAUGCAAGCAUCCCUCUCAGAGAUGGAUGAUGAGGUGAGCCCAGCUCCAAGAUCCAAGGCAAGAUACACAGGUCAGGUCCGCCUCUGCACUGCCCGCUAUAGUUAUAAUCCCUAUGAUGGACCUAAUGAGCAUCCAGAAGCAGAGCUCCCUCUUGUGGCAGGGAAGUACUUGUACGUAUAUGGGGACAUGGACGAUGAUGGAUUUUAUGAAGGAGAGCUGUUGGAUGGGCAGCGUGGCCUGGUUCCCUCUAAUUUUGUGGAGUUUGUCCAGGACAAAGAAAAGCCAUCUAUCGACGGGGAACAGGAGCAGGGUAGGCUGGAGCAGAGCUGUCUGAGCCUGAUUGCCAUAGAUGGAGCUGCUCCUCUGGACAGCAUUAGCAGUGAUGCCCUCGGCCACUGCAGCAACGGGAUGGGCGCUCUGGACGAAGAGGAGCUGGGCGACAACAUCGUGCCUUACCCUAGGAAGAUCAACCUGAUCAAACAGCUGGCGAGAAGUGUGAUAGUGGCCUGGGAAGCGCCUCUGGUGCCUCUUGGUUGGGGCAACAUCAACUGCUACAAUAUCUUAGUGGACGGGGAAGUGCGUUCCACUGUGCCGUUUGGGGGCAGGACCAAACUGCUUCUCGAGAAGCUAGACUUGGCUUCUUGCACCUACCGUGUGUCGGUACAGAGCGUGACGGACAGGGGACUCUCCGAUGAGUUGCGCUGUACCUUGCUGGUGGGCCGCAAUGUUGUGGUGGCCCCCACUGGCCUGCGCAUGGACGAUAUCUUGCGUGACUCGGCUGAACUUUCUUGGCUGCCCAGUAAUAGUAACUACUCCCAUGUUGUGCACUUAGAUGGUGUGGAGCAUGCUGUGGUCAAGCCGUGCUCUUACAAACUGCGUUUUGUGAACCUGAAGGCCGCCACAGUGUACAAGGUAAAAGUGUUGGCCAAACCUCACCAGGUGCCCUGGCACAUGCCCCUGGAGCAGAGAGAGAAGAGAGAGGCUGGGGUGGAGUUCUGCACCCAGGCUGCUGGACCCCCUCUGCCUCCUCAAGAAGUCCAGGUCCAGUGUGGACACACCCCAGGGAUUCUUCAAGUGCGUUGGAAGCCCCCUCCAAUGACACCUAUGGGAACCUCUAAUGGUGCAAGUGUCAUUGGCUAUGCAGUGUGCACUAAGGGUCAGAGGAUCGCUGAGGUGUUGUAUCCAAUGGCAGACUAUGUGGCAGUAGAGCUGAACCGUCUCCACUGCUUGGAGGCCCGUGAGGUUAUCGUCAGGACUUUAUCAGCACAAGGGGAAUCUCAAGACUCCCAUGUCGCCGUCAUUCCAAACCACCUGCUGGUGCCUCUUCCUAAAGCCCUCCCUCCUUCUCACCACAUUCAGUCCUCUCUCCCACCCCAGCAGUCCCAACCGAUGCCUCCUCAUCCCCAAAUCCGAUCCCUUCCCCCUCACCCUGGACCCCAACCACCCACCCAUCUCCAACCCCUCCCCGUUCAACCCAACCAGCCCCCAUCUCACCUCCAUCCCCACCGUAUGCCCCAUCCCACACAGCCAUCUCCACCGCAUCUCCAGCCUUUACCACCACACCCAAUCCCUCAACCCCAGCAGACCAUCCCAAUGCCCCAGCCUCAAUCGUCUAUGCCCAUGGCCCAGCCCCAGCUGCCCAUGCAUAUGCCUCAACCCCUGCAGUCCAUGGUCAUGCCCCAACUCCAACCCCAGCCACCCAUGCUCCAUCCCCAGCCAGCUAUCCCGAUGCCCCAGCCUCACAUUCCCCAACUGGCCCUUCCCCAACCCCAAAGACCACUAAGUGCCAGAGAGCUGGAAACCAAAGAGCCAGGGCCAGGAAUGAUUCAUCAUGGAGGGGGCCCACCUCAGCCAUGGGAGCCUGGCUGCUCCCCAUCAGGCAUGCCCACAGGCAUGCCACACGGACACACCCUGGACGCCCCGGCCUGCCCGAACCGCCGUUCCCCGUCACCUCAAAGGAUCCUCCCCCAGCCCCGGGGUACGCUUAUUCCUGACACUGUGGCCAAGGCUAUUGCCAGAGAGGCUGCUCAAAGAGUGGCUGCAGAGAGUGGACGGAUGGAGAGGAGAAGCCAGAGCUUUCACUCUCAAAAUUCAGAUGAGGAAGAGGAUGAGGAAAGCUAUCAGGCCCGCAGAAGAGGAGCAUCUGUGGAUGACUUCCUCAGGGGCUCAGAGCUGGGCAGGCAGUCUCAUUACAGUCAAAGUGAGGAGUAUCAUACGGAGAGCAGUCGAGGCUCGGACCUCUCAGACAUCAUGGAAGAGGAUGAGGAGGAGUUGUAUUCUGAAAUGCAACAUGAAGAAGGCAGGCGACGAAACUCCCACAGUGCACUCAAGACCGGAGGCAGCACUCAAUCUUCGAAUCUGGAUCGGGACUCAUACCGGAAGCCAUCUCACCGAGGUCCUCAACCUCAGCGCCGACCCCUCACGGUCCCAUCCAUUGGUCAGUGUUCUCCCAAUGGAUACCGGGACCGAAGCCGGCGUUCUCCUCCGUACUAUGAUGAGUCUGAGCAGGAGGAUCCAUUCCGAAUCUUUGUGGCCCUCUUCGACUACGACCCUCUCUCCAUGUCCCCUAACCCUGACGCAGCUGACGAGGAACUCCCUUUUAAAGAGGGUCAAAUAAUAAAGGUGUAUGGUGAUAAGGAUAAUGAUGGCUUUUAUCGUGGGGAGAUCCGAGGCAGGACUGGACUUAUUCCCUGUAACAUGGUGUCGGAAAUCCGUGCUGAGGAUGAUGAGACCAUGGAGCAGCUCAUGAAACAAGGAUUUCUCCCUCUCAAUACCCCUGUGGACAGAAUCGAACAAAAUAGGAGAGGUCGCCACCCAGUGGCCACAAGAAGAAUGGUUGCCCUAUAUGACUACGACCCCAGAGAGAGCUCCCCAAAUGUGGAUGUAGAGGCUGAACUGACGUUCUGUGCUGGUGACAUCAUUGCUGUUUUUGGGGAUAUAGAUGAAGAUGGCUUCUAUUACGGUGAGCUGAAUGGACAUCGGGGCUUGGUUCCAUCCAACUUUCUCGAAGAAGUGCCUGAUGACGUGGAGGUCUAUCUGACAGACACUCCUUCCCAGCAAGGUCAGGACGAGCCCAAUCCGGUACCGGCUCCACGCCCAGAAGCCAAACGGGUGCCUGUGGAAAGUACAGUGCCGGCCCCGGCCCCCGGAAGACCCGCCUCUCCCACUGUGCGUCCUUUGCUUCCUGUUGGCCCAGUCAGGCCGCUGAGCCCUGCCAGGGGUCCACGAGACCUGGCAUCUAAAAAGAAAAAAGGUCUGCUCUCUAAAGGAAAGAAACUGUUAAAAAAGUUCUCAAAGUAAAAGUAUGAGUUUGAUUUCAAAUUCAUAUGGCUACAACAGCAUACAGAUUUCUAUCUCAAAAGGGAAACCUCCAAUCCCCCAAUGUGUCAGUAAAGGCUAUGGUGAUUUUCACAAAAAACAAAUAAAAAAAUAAUUAUAAAAAAAAAAAAAAAACGGCUUUCACAUUAACAUGCCACGUACACAUUAUAAAAUAGAUCUAAUAUCCAUAUGAAAAGGAAUGACAUAUAUAAAGAUGUCACUCAUAUGUCAGUGAGCUUGCUAAUUGGCUGUCAGAAUGAAAGCAUCUAUCCAUACUGUGAUGUAGAGGACAAAGACGAUAUAAAUAUUUAAGGAAUUACUUUCAUUGCUAUUUCCAUUUUUCAAAUUAAAGUGCUGGAUUUUGAACGAAAUAUUUAAUCUCAUAGAUUUUAAUGUUUGGUAUAGCAUUUGGUGAUAAAAACGGUUCAAAAAGCACUUCAAAUAUGGCCUGACAUUUUCAGUCAAAUUUCAGUAAAUGCUCCAGACCAUAUCAAGUGCUUUAGUCAGAAACACAAAAAGGACCACAAGAAAAUAACGUUUCCAUUUAAAAGCAUUUUUAGAAAGAUACUGUAGGCAAUGUGCAAAAAUGAAAUACUGACAGUCUAAGAGCAAACCCUUUUAAACAUUGCUGUGGCCUUCAUCUAAACUCAGUACAGUAUAUUACUAACAUCUGAUGUCUCCAUACAUCAGUCUUUGCCAAGUAUUCUCCCUUUUGCUUGCUUUAAAGUCCCCCUAUCUGUGUUUAUCGCGACCGAGAAUGACUCUGAAGUUAUAAAAAUAUGGAACGUUUCUGUGUUUGCCUUUCAAAUCGCACAAUCGGUGUGUGUUUUGGUGAAUGGCUCGUGUGUGUGUGUGUGGGUGUGUGUGUCCUCUGCAUCCAUGUUCGUGCAAUCCCUUAAACUGAAAAGGGACAAAUGUUGUUAUAAACUUUUGUGAUAAUGUGACGUGCUGCUAAUUACAAGUUGUUUCCUGUUCCUUUCUAAAGUCAAUAAGGGUGGUGUCGCCUUCUCAAGAAGCAAAGAUGGUGUCUUGGUGUCUCCUUAAAUUCCACUUUCUGAGGGCCAGUUCACACAGAACUAGUUUUUGUGAUGGUUUAAUCGUUGAAGGUUACAUGUUAAAUUGAACGUAUUUUAUCAGUGUUGGCUAAUGAGUCAGGUUAAAAGAUGCUUGCGUCUCGCGAAACCAUUCAUUCAUUCAUUCAUUCAUUCAUUCAUUCAUUCAUUCAUUCAUUCACUCACUCAUUCAUUCAUUCAUUCAUUCAUUCAUUCAUUCAAUCUUAAAUGCGUUCUGUGUGAAUGACCCUUAAAAGGAUUUUCACCCAAAAAAUCUGUGAUUGUUUACUCAUUCUAAAUACUGUAUGACUUGCUUUUUUUUUUUUUUUUGGUCGUUAGUAACCAAAACUGUUUGGUUAACAACAUUCUUCAAAAACAACAUGAGGUUGAGUAAAUGAUGACGAAUUUCAUUUUUGGGUGAACUAUCUCUUUAACACUGGUUUACACAAAUGGGUUGGACUGGUCACGAGAACAUCAUCUAUAGGCCUAAAUGACAUAUCCUUGCUGCUGUUAUCAUUGGCUGUUUUUCCUGAGGUCUUUUCUUGCAAUGGUAGACACAAACCUUCUGUGAUAGUCUCUUUGCUUGAGGACCAUAUAAUACAUAUUCUCUGCUACCAAAAUACAGGUUGAAUACCCUCAGGAAAAACUACCUAUGAUGGCUCAGUUGUCUCAAGCUAUAAUCUAGUAGUUUACAUUAAGGGCAAAUUCUCUUGCAUUACCAUGAAACAUCUUGCCCUCGCAACUGGAAAUGUGAAGUAGUUGAGCCAACAUCUGGUGUAAUCUCACAAUAAUGUGGCCAGUUGGGUUUGGAUUGCACUCUCGAAUGGUUUGAUCCAGGGUAAAUACUGUGUUUGAAAAAAAAAAAAAAAAAAAAAGAUAAUUUUUUAAUCUUUAAAAAAGAUUAUCCUAAAUGUAUUUAAGCAUUUUAAUUUAAUAUAUAUAUAUGACAUUCUUUUGGGGUGAAUGAAGUUUAUUUCUUGUAGAAGAAAAACAUGGAAGGUUCUAAUUAAUUAAUUAAAAAAAAAAAAAAAAAAAAAGGUUGGAUAGCCAAAAAGGAAUGUAUGAAAUGUUCAGCUGCCUGUAUAGCUUGCAACAUCAUUUUGCCAAAAGAAAAAGAAAUAAAAGAGAUUACAUAUAUUUUCAUUUACAGAAAUAUCUCUAUUAUUAUCAUGAAUCCCGAGUGUUCGCUUGUGACUGGAUGAUGUAAGUGUUAAUUUCACGGUUACUCUUUUGUACUCCAUUUGUAGAUAAUUUAUAAAUGUUUAUACUUAAUUUACAGACUUUUUUUAGUGCUUUAAAAUUUAAUAUUCAACAGUGUAAGUAAGUGUUAUCCAUGGUGUCUUCAAGAAAAGAUGCUCAAGUCUGCAAAUCUGUGUUCGCUCUGUGAAUUAAAGAGAAAAAAGAACUUGUUGGUCUAUAUUUACUGAUAUGGACUAUUGUGUGGAUGUGCAUGUGUAGAAUUGUGUAAAAUAUACAUUUUCUAUGAAAAUAAAUGUGAUAUUUUUCAAGGUC